AUGACUCGCCAGAAGGAUGCUGGAUGGGCGUGGGUGUGUGUGGUGGGCUCGUUCUACAUCCACUUCAUUGUGAUUGGACUCAUGCAGUCUUUCGGCGUUAUAUACGUGGAGCUUCUGGAUCAAUUUAACAGUUCUCGUGGUGAGACUGCCUGGAUUGGAUCUCUUCUCAGCGGACUCGUCCUACUGCUUGGCCCUGUGGGAGUGGUUGUCCUGGACCUGCUGGGGACUCGCGUGACAGCUAUACUGGGGGCUGUGCUGGCCUGUGUAGGCUGCAGUGUCAGUUUCCUGGCCGAGAGUCUCAUCUUCCUGUAUUUCAGUUAUGGUGUCAUCCAAGGCCUUGGCUUCAACUUGAUGUUUAUCACAGCCACGGUCAUCGUGAACCAGUACUUUGUGAAAAGACGGUCCCUGGCCAACGCCCUAGGGUCUCUAGGAGGAGGGGUGGGGACGCUGGUUCUCCCCCCUCUCCUACAGGUGAUGAUGUCGGAGUACACUUGGAGGGGAGCGUUGUUGAUUACAGGUGGGCUCGUCCUCAACUGUGCUGUGUUCGGGACACUUUUCAAGCCAUUUUACUCCAAGCAGGAACUGAGUGAUCUGAAAACAGAAACAAGGAAAUCAGGUAUCUGGUUGUACGUUCACCCAGUGGCUGUGGCGGACAUUGUUGGCGACGAGAAACUCACUGAGGGACUUGGCUGCCUGUUCUUUUUGGAAGGAGUCGUUAUCUUCUUGGGAUCGCCUACAGCUGGUUGGCUGUAUGAUGCGACCGGAGACUACGCUAUAUCAUUUUAUGCCGCAGGGUCGUUGUUCAUCGUAGGCGGUGCUGUCAUUCUCCUUUAUGAAGUAACACACACGUGUAAACAAUUACGCCGCCACAAUACAACAAAGGGUCGCGCUGACAACACGGGUGGUGUGACCGAGGAAUUGCUCAGAUGA